UUCUCUCUCUCUCUCUCUCUCUCUCUCUCUCACCUGUCAAUCACAGCGACCCUAGCCUAUCAUGCGAGCCUGUGUGCAGAAGAGUGUAGAUAACGCUUUCCUCUGCGUGUUUAUCGGGAAAUAAUUUCCAGAGCGAUACGCGGGCGAGACGGCGAAACCUGGCGUGGGGUGAAUAUGUGAGAUGUUGGCGUUGACGUAGACAGCGAGGACGUUGAGGAAGAUCGAGGAACAACAGGAAACUGUUAUAAGGAAUAAAGGGAUGAAGCAUUUCUACAGCGCUGUUGACGAACUUGGAGCUUUGAGUGAAGAAAACGGACUUGACACCGUACCUUCUGAGGAGGCCGAUAUUACGAGACACAAAGCCCCGCCCCUAAACCUUCGUCCGAAGCCGGAACGUAAACAUAGGUCGUACACAGUUUGUGAAGUGUGUAACAUUCAGCUGAACUCGGCCGCACAGGCACAGAUACACUACAACGGCAAAACUCACCAGAAGAGACUGAAACACAUGAAGAGUGGAAACUCAGGUCCGGCGGCUCAGGGCAGCCCCCUGCUGGCUGCGUUACCCGUACAGACUCGCCCACUGCAGACGCCUCUGGAGCUGAAGAACUUCCUACCCUUCAGACUCAACGGCUCCAGUCCACUCAGCCUCUUUCCCAACUUCAAUACGAUGGACCCUGUGCAGAAGGCCGUUAUUAACCACACCUUCGGGGUUCCUCAGAAGAAGAAGCAGGUUAUCUCCUGCAACAUCUGCCACCUUCGUUUCAACUCCACGAAUCAGGCCGAAGCGCAUUAUAAAGGUCAUAAGCACGCUCGUAAGCUGAAAGCUUUGGAGGCCCAGAAGAACAAGCAGCACAGACGGCACACACAGCUCGACGGCACACACAGCAGCCGAGACCGAGAGAAAGACCGAGACCGAGACCGAGACAGAGGCAGGAUGAUCGCAGCUGAGCCUCAUCCUGCUCUUCCGGAAUCCUGUGCUGUGGAAGCAUCCACUCUUCAGUGUGACUCCGACUCUGCGGUGAAGCUGAGCGAGGCUCAGGUCAGCUCAGUGGUCCUCACUCCGGUAUCGGAGGUGUCAUGCGCAGACGUGGCCGUCUCCUCUCCUCCCUCGCAGCACUCAGACAGCCUGCAGGAUGCCGCCGGUCCCAGUGAGACAGGCACCGAACAGGACAGCCUGGUUAAAGAGGCCCCGAGGGAGAAAGACCCCAGGAGGAGCAAGCAUCACCUGCACUGUCCUGUCUGCAAAGUGACAGUCAACUCAAUCACUCAACUGGAAGCUCACAACAGCGGAAUCAAGCACAAACUGAUGCUGGAGGGACAGAGUGUGUUGCCACGGCGACGAGGGAAGGCACUGUCCUCCCGUGCCGCAUGUAAAAGCAAGCGACUGGCCAACAAGGGCAGCCUGGGUGUGAGCAACAAGAGCUUCCACUGCGAAGUGUGUGAGAUCCACGUCAACUCGGAGACCCAGCUCAACCAGCACAUGAACAGUCGCAGACAUAAAGACAGAUUGGCUGGAAAGCCGCCCAAACCCAAAUUCAGCCCUCACAGCAAGACUCAGCCAACCUCAGCAGUGUCGCAGAGCGUCAGGUGGAACGGCUACGCAGGAGGAGCCGUGUCAGCCAUGAAAAAAGUCUUUAACCAGUACGGUCUCACCUCUCUCUCUUCACAGACCAAACUGGCUCUCCAGAAGCAGCUGACUAAAAAUCUGACCACCAGUUUCCUGCCUGCUCCUAUAACUCCGCCCACGCUUUGCACAGUGGCGACCAAUCCGCUCACUCUCCGACACCCUGCCGGUGCCGCCUUCAUUCCUGCUCCAAUCUUAGGCCCCACCCUAUUUCGGCCUGCGCCGGGACCACUGCGGGCCACACACACACCUAUACUAUUCUCCCCUUAUUAAAGUAUGCAUAAACAUACACACAUACACAUGCACACACGCUUAUGGUACAGGUAUGAUUUAGAGUAACAGUUGACUUUCACACACAGAACACGUCAACACGCAGUACGGUCUUAAAAAAAAUCUCAACACUCACACACACUCUCCAGUUUUUCUGCACUCUCCUCUAGGACUGUGGCCCUCACACGAGGAUCACUUUUGAACUAUGCAGCACAGAAAGAUAGAAAGCAAAGACAGUGAUAGAUGAUUCGAAAGGAAACAUGGAAGCAAGAGGAGACGUACGCGCACACGCCCCCAGGCUGGGGGAGGGCCCUAGAGACCUCAUUGACCCGCCCACCUCUCUCUAUUCCUUCAAAUAGAGGUUGACUGAUAGGUCACGCCUCCAGGGAAAAGCGUGGAGCCUCGUAUAGUUGGCUGGGACCUCGUAUAGUUUUAUAAGACAUUAACCAUAGGAUUUUACUGUGUAAUUUAUUAGAAGUACAGCAGCAUUAGAGAAAUAGAGCACAUUUCUUAGUGAGACAAAUGCAAACAUCCCUUUACUUAAGGCUUUUUCUUUUUUUAAUCUGUGUUUAUUCCUUUUAAUUUGAAGUCCCCCCCCCCACUCGAACAAACAUGUUAUUGCUCCCCUGGAAAUCAUAAGAGCUGUCGCUUUGCAUCAUGGGUAAUCAUCGUGGGAUCAUCAGUGAAUACGAGUGCAGUGCAUUGAGAUGACAAUUUGCAGGCAAAUCAGCACUCCAUUGCUAACACACACUGACGCACACACACUCGCAUACAAUCAGUGUUCCAAUUUUUUCCGCAUAGAUUAGAUGAUUUUUAGUCAGAAGGAUACACAUGCGCAUACACACAUGCACACACACACGCGUGGAUGAUUAUAACAGUCGGCCCUGCAUGUUGGUAUAUUUUGCUCUCAGUGUUAUCUCAUUAAGACCAAACAAAGGUCAACCUGCCAGUUCAAAUCCAUCUCACAUCACCUGAUUACAGUUUCAAUUCUCGCCAUGUUACCGGAGCGUGUGAGUGUGUACGAGUGUGUGUGUAUGAGUAUGUGUGACACACAUGAGCCUCGUUCUCUCAUCGACACUGCGGCACAUCUCUGUCAUCCAGCAGCGCUCUCUGCUGUACAAGGAGGGGCACUGUAUGUUUUUCCUGCCCACUUGGGGUAUAUCUAAAUGAGCACUCCAGCAUUUUUAACUUCUUUUAAUCUUUACCACAUCCAGAACUUAUAUGUGUAUAUCACAGACAAGAAUUAGAAAAAAAUACAGAAUGCCUGUUUACACACAUUUUAUUUAUAAUGGAAGUCUAAGAGCAGAUGUAUCUCAUUGUAGAUAUGCGAAGUUCUUCUCUCUAAUCAUCUUUAUAUCAUCCUAUAAUGAAACACUGAUGGGCGUGGUCUCCAUCAGGAUGGCUCCGCCCACAUCCACAGAGGCCUCCAAAGCCCGAACAAGGAUUGAGGAAGAUUUUUAGGAGAUUUUAGACAGAAAUAUGUGACAGUGUUUUUCCUAUAAUUAUUAAAACAACAAUCGAGAGAAUAUCUUUCAGAGCAAUGGCGUUUAUUUUUAUUAAUAAUAAAAUUUUAACAUUGUGUUUUAAAAAAAUAAAUAAACAAAUAAAUAUAAUAAUAAUAAUAAUAAUAAAACAUUACAGCUAUAACAUCUAAAUAUUGUUAUUCUUUUUUUUCAUUAAAAUGCAAAAUUGUACAGUCUCCAUUACAAGACAAGAAUCACUAAUGCAAUUAUUAUUAUUAUUAUUGUUAUUAUUAUUAUUUUUUUUAAAUUAAUUCUCAGUUUUACUGAACAGUAUUCAGUUCAGUAAAUGUGAUGAAUUUCUGCAAAAUAAAUUUAUAACCUUCUCUCUUUCCCCAAAAUGAAGUAAAAUAGAAUUUUUAAGACAAAAAUCUCUCAUCAGCUCUGUAAGAUUUCUAAAAUGCAGUACUGUGCACACAUUUCAGCCACCCCCUGUUUUUUUAUUCAUUUCACACCUAAUUUUUUUUAAAAGUAGAUUUUUAUGCCUACUGAGUGUUUCCUUUAUCCAAAAAAAAUGGGGGAAAAAUCAUUUACUUUUUUUUAUUAACAUUUUCUUUUGUUAUAACGUUACACAUUUUGAAGUCAUAAAUCUAUGUGAUUUCUAUUGUGCUUACUUUUAUUGUUUGGUGCUUAUCAUGGUAACUAUUUCUUUUAUUUUUGAAGACAUUUUUCGCCUCACAUGAUGUGUGUAGAAGUGUCUAAUACCUUUGUGCAGUGCUGGAUAUGACUUACCACGUGAUAUUUUAUGAAUUUAAUAAGCUAUUUGUUAAUUAUAGGUCACUCUAUAGCUGACUUUGAAAAUCUUAGUGCAUCUUGAAAUACACUAUAUUGCCAAAAGUAUUCGCUCACCCAUCCAAAUAAUCAGAAUCAGGUGUUCCAAUCACUUCCAUGGCCACAGGUGUAUAAAAUCAAGCACCUAGGCAUGCAGACUGUUUUUACAAACAUUUGUGAAAGAAUGGGUCGCUCUCAGGAGCUCAGUGAAUUCCAGCGUGGAACUGUGAUAGGAUGCCACCUGUGCAACAAAUCCAGUCGUGAAAUUUCCUCGCUCCUAAAUAUUCCACAGUCAACUGUCAGCUGUAUUAUAAGAACGUGGAAGUGUUUGGGAACGACAGCGACUCAGCCACGAAGUGGUAGGCCACGUAAACUGACGGAGCGGGGUCAGCGGAUGCUGAGGCGCAUAGUGCGAAGAGGUCGCCAACUUUCUGCAGAGUCAAUCGCUACAGACCUCCAAACUUCAUGUGGCCUUCAGAUUAGCUCAAGAACAGUGCGCAGAGAGCUUCAUGGAAUGGGUUUCCAUGGCCGAGCAGCUGCAUCCAAGCCAUGCAUCACCAAGUGCAAUGCAAAGCAUCGGAUGCAGUGGUGUAAAGCACGCCGCCACUGGACUCUAGAGCAGUGGAGACGCGUUCUCUGGAGUGACGAAUCGCGCUUCUCCAUCUGGCAAUCUGAUGGACGAGUCUGGGUUUGGCGGUUGCCAGGAGAACGGUACUUGUCUGACUGCAUUGUGCCAAGUGUAAAGUUUGGUGGAGGGGGGAUUAUGGUGUGGGGUUGUUUUUCAGGAGCUGGGCUUGGCCCCUUAGUUCCAGUGAAAGGAACUCUGAAUGCUUCAGCAUACCAAGACAUUUUGGACAAUUCCAUGCUCCCAACUUUGUGGGAACAGUUUGGAGCUGGCCCCUUCCUCUUCCAACAUGACUGUGCACCAGUGCACAAAGCAAGGUCCAUAAAGACAUGGAUGACAGAGUCUGGUGUGGAUGAACUUGACUGGCCUGCACAGAGUCCUGACCUCAACCCGAUAGAACACCUUUGGGAUGAAUUAGAGUGGAGACUGAGAGCCAGGCCUUCUCGUCCAACAUCAGUGUGUGACCUCACAAAUGCGCUUCUGGAAGAAUGGUCAAAAAUUCCCAUAAACACACUCCUAAACCUUGUGGACAGCCUUCCCAGAAGAGUUGAAGCUGUUAUAGCUGCAAAGGGUGGACCGACGUCAUAUUGAACCCUAUGGAUUAGGAAUGGGAUGUCACUUAAGUUCAUAUGCGAGUCAAGGCAGGUGAGCGUAUACUUUUGGCAAUAUAGUGUAUUUCCAAUACUUAUAUAUAAAACUGAUUCAAAGGGAAAAAAUUAUUUAUUUUUAUUUAUCUUUUAACGUUGAAGCGAUACAGCGGAAAGAGAUGGACUUAUGCUUUCCCAAAGCUUGUGUGACAAUCCAUAAAUAUGAAGUCUUAUAACAGAAUGAAAUCCCUGCAGAAAAAGACAAUAUCAUAAAGGGAACAAAAUAAAUUUAAAGCAAUGCAUUUAGACUGACAUUAUAAGUGAGUUGGGAGUAAACAGGUAUUCUGUCUUUUCUCAGUACAUGAAAUCAUGUUGAAAUUCAUAUCUGUGGUCAUCACACAUACACCUAGAUUAAGACCGAAGUUAAAAAAUGCUGGAGUUUAUUUCCUGAACCUGCGCUGAUGUGUUGCUGCUCAGUCUGUUACACACCAGUACAUUCAUUUACCUGUUCAUGUUGAUUUGUUUUUCCCCCCUGUUCUGAACUAUUAAGCUAUUUUACAAAGUCUUUAAGAAGAUUACUUUAAAAAAAAAAGAAGAAAAAAGUUGUCUAUAUUAGGUUGUAUGUAGAUUUAUAAAUAUGUAGAGAGUACGUAGAAAAUUUAUCAGAGUCAUUAUCGUCAUUAUUGCUAUGAUAAGAACAAUUUCUAUCUGAAGGGGUCUUCUAUUGUUUGCCAAGUCAUAACAGAGAUUACAAAGAUUAUGAAAUAAGAACAUAUGCCAAGAAUGAGUUAGUAUAUUUACCUACUUUUUAUGAUUUAAUAUAUUGCAGGAAAAAAAUAUAUAUAUUAUCGGCGUGGAAGGAAAGUGGAGGUGUGAGGGUGUGUUUGUGUGAGUGUUUGAGUGUGAGAGAGAUUAUGCAAAGAGGAAAACAAAAAAAAAAGAGCAUGAUUAAACGAUAUGUCUUAUUGCAUUCGGGACAUUUCAGCUUCAAAGCCUACGGUGACGGGCGAGUCUCAGGGCUCCUGUUUCAGCUCCAUCAGAGGAGAAGUUAAACAGAGUAAAACA